AGCACUGGAUAGUCAGCACAUCCGACAGUUGUGGUUGAGAAUUCGCGAGUGAUACUUCACGAGUACUCAUUCUACCAAAGUAAAAGGCGACUAGAAACUACAAACUUGUGUAACUACCAGCGACCAACUAGUCGAUUGAAAGUAUUAGAUUGGAAGUGUGUCGUUCAUACAUCGUCGAUAGAUAAUCUAAGGAGAGUCGUCGUAUUUUUAUUAUGCACGCCUGCGAAUUCAUCUGUACAAUUUGAGCAUUCAAUUUAAUCAAUUGACGGAGCGGACAACCAGUUAUACGACGUGAGAGAUGCUGGAAGCUAGAGAUAAUAAUAAAAAUGACGCGACAACAGUCAACAAGCUCGAUGAUGACUGUAGAAUUCAAUUAUGCGAAACGGAAGAAUUGAUGAAAUCCAAGGCAGAACGGAAGUCACAACUGCGUAUCGAAUUCAACGAUCUCAAUUAUUCAGUUUAUCGUAACGGAAUCAAGAAAACAAUCUUACGCGAUGUGACCGGACACUUUGAAGCAGGGAAGAUUACGGUGAUAAUCGGUCCUUCCGGUGCGGGAAAAACGACAUUGCUGAAAAUCAUUUCGGGCGAACAAUGGGCCAAUGUUAACGGCACCAUCACUGUAAACGACGUCGAACGAAAUAGAGGAACAUUUCGUAAACAAAUAUGUUACGUGCCGCAAGAAUUCGCUUUGCUGCCGUUCCUUACGACGAGAGAAACCCUUUACAUAGCGAGUCGCCUGAAACUCGUUAGGCAAAGCGAGCAACUGGUCGCUGGUCUGAUUGUGAACGAGAUCGCUGAGAGUCUCGGCUUAUCGAAUUGCCUAGACACCUUGGUAAACAAGUUGAGUGGCGGCGAACGAAAGAGACUCUCCAUCGGCGUGGAAAUGAUCACCAAACCGUCUGUUUUUUUACUGGACGAGCCGACGAGUGGCCUCGAUAGCGUGGCAUCUAAUCAACUCAUUAAUGUGCUGCAUAACAUGGCGAGAGCAAAUUGCACCGUGGUUUGCGCGAUUCAUCAGCCCAGCAGUCAGAUGAUCUCGCAGUUCGACGACAUUAUGGUACUUGACCGAGGUAGAUGCAUGUAUUGCGGUCCAAAGAGCGAGAUAUUAAACACAUAUGAGUCCGCUGGCUUCACGUGUCCACGCUUCUACAAUAUAGCCGAAUUCGUACUCGAGGUAAUAACCGAACAAAGAGGUGGAGAUUUGGAGAGUCUAUACAAGAUAUGUCGUAGUGAAUACGAAAAGUCUAAAUCGCACAAUAAACAUCUUAAAAAUGAAACGGAUUCAUCGACUACUCCUAAACAAAAUUUUGAAAGUGACGUUUUACUUACAUCCGCGAAUAAUACAAAACAAAAAUUGUCAACAUGGCAGCAACAAAAAAUAUUAUUUUUAAGAGCUUUAAUUUGCAUCAAGCGAGACAGCACCAUGACGAUGUUAAGAUUCGCGGCACAUGUCACAGUAGCAUUACUAUUGGGGGCGGUCUUUUACGACUUUGGUAAUGAUGCGAAAAAAGUCAACAGCAACAUAGCUUGCUUAUUUUUCCUUCUACUAUUCUUAUUUUUCGCAAAUUCAAUGCCGGCAGUGCAGAUGUUUCCCACGGAAGCGGCAGUGUUCCUGCAGGAGCAUUUAAAUAAUUGGUAUUCAUUGAGAGCUUAUUACAGCGUAAAGAUAUUAACGGAUCUUCCGAUGCAAAUACUUUGCUCCUCAUCGUUUCUUCUAAUAUCGUAUUACGUGACUGGACAACCGAUGGAGUCUGACAGACUCUUUCAAGCGUGGAGUAUUUGCGUAUUGAUAACAAUUCUUGGACAAACAGUUGGGAUUCUGACGGGUUCAGCUUUCAACACUGAGAUAGGUGUUUUUUUAAUACCGGCAUUAAGUAUACCAUUGUUGUUGUUCGCUGGAUUUUUCUUGAAGAUAGGGGAAAUGUCGGUAUAUCUGCAGCCUUUAGGCACCGUGAGUUUUUUCAGAUACGGAUUUGAGGGAAUGAUGCAAACGAUCUACGGUUAUGACCGACCGAAUUUAUAUUGCUCAGAGAUUUACUGUUACCUUAAUUCGCCAAAUACAAUUCUCUCGACGAUGGACAUGCCUACAGUGUCGUUCUACGCAAUUUUAAUGAUACUUGGCUGUUGGAUAAUUUGUUUACACGUCAUCGUCUACGCGGUGCUUUGUUGGAAAAUUUAUUACGCGAAAAAGUGACGUAUAAACUUAAUUUCAAUAAACAUGUAUGUACUUACAUGUAUGUACUUACACAUUUGUCUUUGCAUCUUUAAAAUAAUCAUAGAACAAAUCUG